AUGGAGGCCAUGUGGUGGGAGAUGCUGCUGGGCAUCUCUGUGGUUCUGCAGCUCUUGGCAGGUCUCUGCAGAGGGGUCACAGUGACCCAGAAGGAACGGUUCAUGAUCCUCCAGGCGGGGGCCAAGGCCAGAAUCCCCUGCGAACACGACGACGACACCUAUUUUACUAUCUCAUGGUAUCGGCAGAAGAGCAACAGCGCAGGCAGGGAGAUGCAGCUCGUCGGCUACUCGGCAGACACAAAUAGUUCCGUGACGGAAAAGGACAAAACCCAAUUCGCUAUCGAGAGGCCGAGCCUGAGGGAGGCUUCCCUGACCGUCGCGGCAGCCCAGACGGCGGACACGGCAGGCUAUUUCUGCGCAGCCAGGUCCCAGGCAGAGACGGUGUACUUUGGACAAGGAACACGGCUGACCGUGCUAGAACCAGGACAAGAACCCAGACCCCCAAAUGUGACCAUCUUCGCCCCCUCCAAGGAGGAGAUUAAAGAAAAGCAUGCCGUCACCCUUGUGUGUCUGGCCUACAAUUUCAUUCCAGACCACGUCAACAUUAGAUGGUACAAGUCUGACACAGAGAUAACGGAGGGGGUAAAGACGGAGGAGUUCUGCAAAUACGACAGCGUCACAAAGAGCUACUCCUUGACCAGCCGUUUGAGGCUCUCCGAGUACGAGUGGGAGAAUUCCCUGAAUCCGUUCCGGUGUAAAGUCAAGUUCUACAAUAAUGACGGUGGUACAGACUAUGAAAGUGAAAUCCGUAGAGAAGGUUGUGACACAGCAAAAGCGUCAUAUGAAAACAGCAGCUACGUCGGACGCUUUGUCUACAUUCUUCUCAUUUUAAAGAGCACCUUGUAUGGGGCCUUUGUCAUGGGAUUGAUGCUGAGGAAAAAGAGAGUGCAAUAGAAGCCCUUUGCCUGGGAACCUCUCGCCAGCGUGGAGUGAAUUGCUUGGAACUGGAAGGAAAGAGGAAUCCAAACU